ACCACCGCUGAAGAUGGAUGCUUACAAGCGGAAGGUACUAGAGUACUGUUGUGUCUUCUUCGCAGCCAUCUGUAUCUGUGUACCUGUAGUAUAUUUCAUGAUCAUAGAUAGUCUCCGAAACCCCGACCCUAAAGCUCCGGCCUUCUCCGUUGUGGCCGCGCCCUUAACAACCAAUGACAGCCGCAGCCGUUUCACCGGCGGCAACCUGACCUUCAUCCUCAACACCCGCAACCGAAACCAAAAAUACACCAAUGACUACGACACCACCGAAGCAUCACUCUACUUGGAUGGUGCCCAUGCCGCACAGCGGGAGGUUGCGAACGCCACAUUGGGAGCGUUUUUUCUGCGUCCCGGGGCCUCGAGUAACCUCACCCUCACCUUUCCUGCACCGGGAGCCGUCCUUGGAGACGGCUCCACCGCCAUCAUCAAGAUGAAGGUUCGAAUUCGGUUCAGAGACCGGAAGAAGUAUGGGCGGCUUCAGGUUUCGUGCGACUUGCCGUACUCUUCCCAGCUGCAGGGUUUCGAUGUCUCCAGAGAGUCAUGUGACGUGUCCUACUUCCCGCCCGAAUUUUGCUGGAUCGAUUGGCAGCUGGGGACCCAAUCUUGCGAGAGAUAUGAUUAGACAUACGCUGCCGAGAGGAGGUUCCGUGUAUAAUUCAGCCUCCGGCCUCACUUAAAUUUUCCAAGUUUUAUCACUUUACUUUUUAAAUUACAUAAAUUUUAAUGUGGUAAGAUUUUUAUUUUAUUAAUACUCCUGUUGAUUUGAUUUGACCAAAUCUUAAGGGAAGCAUUAAACAAUCAAGACAGGAUUAUCUAGAUCUGUUUGAUACGUUGUAUGAUGUUUUCUUUUGGACUGAAAUUUGCUGGUCUGAUCUGGUCUGGUUUGGUCUGUUUAAGUCUGGUCUGGUCUGAACUGGUCUGGUAAACGUCUGGUCUCUGUGUAUUUUAUAACUAUCCAAGUCUGGUCUGGUCUGGUCUGUUUAAGUCUGGUCUGGUCUGGUCUGGUCUGGUUUGUUUAAGUUUGGUCAGGUCUGAUCUGAUAUGGUCUGGUCUGGUCUGGGACUGAAAACAGUCUAAAAGAAAACAUCAUUUUAGGAUGUUUUCUUUUGGACUGAAAUUUGCUGGUCUGGUCUGGUCUGGUCUGGUCUGGUUUGUUUAAGUCUGGUCUGGUCUGAACUGUUCUGGUCUGGUCUGGUAAACGCAUGGUCUCUGUGUAUUUUAUAACUAUCCAAGUUUGGUCUGGUCUGGUCUGUUUAAGUCUGGUCUGGUCUGGUCUGUUUAAGUCUGGUCUGAUCUGAUCUGGUCUGGUCUGGUCAAGGACUGAAAACAGUCCAAAAGAAAACAUCCUAAUACAUAAAUUCUUGUUUUGGCUGUAUCUUGGAAUUUACGGAGAGUGCUUGGGCCAAUUUUUCCAAUUGUAUUUGUGAUUUUACUUUGUCAUAAUUUUAUGUGAUUGAGCAACUUAAUAUUACAUUCA